AUGGAUUACGAUGCGUACGACGCCUUGCUCCACCACAUCUUUAAACAGACCCAAGGAGAUGCCUGGUUCAAGCCGUCGGAGAACAUCCACGCCGGCGUCUGCCUCCGAGUCGACAACGGCCUCUUCCGCGUCUUCCCGUACGAGAACCCCCACCUCGAGCCCUUCGAGGCCGCGGUCCGCUCCAUCAACCCUGUUGUCGCCGUCAAGCUCCGGAGCGCCGCCAUCCACGCCGCGCUCGCCACUGUGCGACCCGACGCGGACGCAAUACACGUCGACGACAACACACGGAUCCAGAUCGUCGACUCCAUGUGCCUCCUCUCGGGGGCCGACAAAGAGCAGUGCGGCGCGUUCAUCCGCGACGAGCGCGUGCUCGUCGUCUGGUCCUACCAGCUCGACUCCAUCAUCCCCACCUGCGGCGACUUCGAGGACAAGCUGAUCAAGCUCGUCUGGAACCGCCGCUCCGCCAACAUCUCGAUCGCAUCCGCCGACGACCUCGCGGCGUCAACCGGCGCGUCGGACGCCACGCUCAAGGAGAAGGCGUCCCAGUCGGCAGAAACGAAGGAGGUCGCCGGCGCCGCGGAGGGUGCGGCUGCGCGCGCGCAGAAGCCCAAGAAGAAGCGCUUCUGGGGCCUGGCCUACUUCGUCACCGACAAGGACGACGUCGAGAAGACCGCGGUGGGCCCUUCGCCACGCCCGGUGAGGCUCUUCGCCCCCUUCUACAACGGUCUGGGGGUCGCAUUGUCUUUCUUCUUCAUCUCGACCGGCAUCGCUGUCUUGCUGCAGGAGUCGCUCCUAGAUGGCAAUUGGGCUCGGUGGGGUCUAGUUGCUACUACGCCGUUUCUCUUCUGCGUGUCGCUCUUCUUCUGUUGUCAGAUCAUCGGUGCUGUGUCCUUCUGCAUUGGUCCCGUUGCGCAGUACCACCAGAACUCCAAGUACUACUCAGCCAUCAAGCCCGCGCCGAAUAAAGUCGUCGACACCAACCUGCCUCACAUAACCAUCCAGAUGCCCGUGUACAAGGAAAGCUUAAAUGAGACCAUCGCGCCCUCAGUGUACUCGCUCAAGAAGGCCAUGCAGACUUACGCGCGCCAGGGCGGCACCUCCUCGAUCUUCAUGAACGAGGACGGCAUGCAGCUUCUCUCGGACGAGGAGCGCCAGACGCGCAUCGCCUUCUACGCAGACCACAACAUCGGCUGGAAGGCGUCGAACAUGAACUUCGGCCUCGACCUCUCCCUCAAGCUCGAAAGGCACCUCGCGUCGCUCGAAGCGCUCCAGGCCGCGGGCGGCGCCCUCACGCCCCUGCGCGCCGACCGCGACUCCCAGGACGCCGCCGCCCCCGCGCCCGAAGAGACCCUCGAGGACCGCGCGCUCGCGCUCGCGAUCGAGGAGGUCGCCGCGGAGAGCGGCGGGCGCUGGCGGGCGUGGGCCGCCAACGGGCGCUCCAUCCGCGUGGGCGAGAUCAUCCUCAUCGUGGACUCGGACACGAUCGUGCCGGAAGACUGCCUGCGGGACGCCGCGCGCGAGCUGGCGGAGUGCCCCGACGUCGCGAUCGUCCAGCACGAGUCGGACGUGAUGCAGGUCGCGCACCACUACUUCGAGAAUGGGAUCGCGCACUUCACGCGCCGGAUCAACAAGUGCAUCUCCAUGGGCUGCGCGAACGGCGAGGUCGCGCCCUUCGUCGGGCACAACGCGUUCCUGCGGUGGAGCGCGCUCCAGGACGCGGCGUUCGUCGACGAGGCGGACGGGAAGAAGAAGAUCUGGUCCGAGUCGAACGUCUCUGAGGACUUCGACAUGGCUCUGCGCUUGCAGCUCUCGGGCUACAUGAUCCGUUGGGCGACGUACUCUGACGGGGGCUUCAAGGAGGGCGUGUCGUUGACGUGCGACGAUGAAUUAAAUCGGUGGCAAAAAUAUUCGUAUGGUUGCAACGAGCUCAUCUUCCACCCACUCAUCGAUUGGUGGCGCAAGGGCCCGAUUACCAAGCAGCUCCGCACGUUCCUCUGGUCUGGUGCUCCUAUGCACUAUAAGAUCAGCAUGAUGGCCUACAUGUUCUCGUACUAUGGCCUCUCUGCGUCUGCGCUACUCUCCGUCCUCAACUACUUCCUCCUUGGGUGGGGCUUCCCGGUGGAUGGCUUCUACGAGCGCAGUUUCGAGAUCUGGCUGGCGUGUACUGUCGUUUUCCCCGGCGCCGGUAAUAUCGGCUUCACCCUCCUCGAAUACCGCCUGGGUCAACGCAACAUCCUCCCGUCGCUCAUCGAGAACAUCACCUGGGUCCCAUUCUUCUUCUUCUUCUUCGGUGGCCUGAGCAUCCACCUCUCUCAAGCCCUCCUCGCCCACCUCUUCUCGUACAACAUCACCUGGGGCGCAACGAAGAAGGAAGUCGAGCGGUCCAACUUCUGGCUGGAAGUGCCCAAGAUCCUCAAGCGUUUCUGGCUCUCCUUCGUCCUCAGCCUUUCCUUCUGCGUCAUCAUGAUCGUCUUCACCACCGACGUCGUCCCCAUUGGCUGGCGCAUCUUCAACUGGGAGUGGGCCGUGAUUCUACCUCUCGGUCUCGUCGCCGGCUGCCAUAUCGCGUUCCCGAUCGUCCUCAAUCCGUGGUUCAUGAUCUUUUCAUACUAA